AUGGAACUCCCUACAGAGGUUCUCGAAAAGAUUGUAGAACUUGGUUUGGAUAGCUGCCAAACCUUUAUUUCGUGGGCUCAGAUAUCUGGCUAUUUCAGAGAUUUUAUUAAGGCACAAGUUGGUAUAGUUCUGGUACAAGACGGUCAUGACGGCCCAGGUGUGAAGACAUUCCCUUUGGAUUAUAACACAUUAAUAACAAACUCAAACAAUUUUAUACUUAAUACAGAUGAGCUACUUACCUUUGAUGAGGAUUUAUUUCGAGCCUUUCUGAAGAAAUUCGGAAAUUAUUUGAUUAUUAUUCAAUCAGAUAGAUCGUAUAGUGAUGCAAUAGCAGCAAUAUUAGGUUAUAUUGGUCAUGACACUCCAGAGGGUGCCAAUAUUAACGUUAUUUAUAACACUUCUGUGGAUUUCCUGAGCAAAUUAUAUUUCAGAGAAUUAGCAUUAUACCGAACUUGUAUUAAUCUUCGUGAAUUGCAUAUCCUAGGGAAUUCAUUGCCCAUUGAACAAGGGAUGUGUGAUGUCGAUACAUUAUUUCAAACAACAUAUAUUUACAACUUAAAGUCAAUCUAUUCAUUGGAUAUAAAGAAUCCAGAACAUACUUUAAUUGCUCCAGGAUUGAGCGUAAUAAGGCAAAUCAGUUGUACCGAUCCGAAUAUUAAUCUUUUCGAUUAUUUGGCCAAAUGUCCCAAGUUAAAAAUUAUAGGUUCUACCAAUUUCCCUAUCCCAUCAGAGCAACUAACGUAUAAAUUACCUCAUUGCAAGUACAUUGGAUUGAAUGGGUUUAACUCUGGUGUCACAUAUCCGCCAAUAGAUGGGUCAGAAGUCUUAGAAGAAAUCACUUUAUCUCCUUCUUUAAGGGCCAUUGACCCCAAAUUUUGCAACUUAUUUUUUCCACAUAUUCGACGUUUAAAUUUGAAAUGGAACACAGCUUCUAACUCCUUAGUUAAAUUUCAGAGUUGUGAUUUUCCCCAUCUCGAAUAUUUUAACAGUAGAAAUUCCAUUACACCAUGGUCAGAUCUGAUUGACUCUGGUGCAACUAUCAAAACAUUGCAAUUAAAUUUACUAAGAUCUGACCAAUUGGAAUGGCUGCUUGCUUGUCCAUACGAAAUUGACACAUUAUACAUUACAAAGGUAGACGCUAAGAAUUCUGACUUUGUUAUUGAUCCUGUUUUUCAAAAUACGUGUUUUAGUUGUCCUAAUAUGAUAAUCGAUAUUGAAAAUUUAUGGCAAUGUUAUUUACUGCAGACUUUCCUAAUUCCAAAUCUUCGGACUUCUAGUUCUUUAUCAAUUAAAGUGAAUGAAGCCAAGUUAAUUGAGAUUAUUAAUACUACCACCAAAUCGUUACAGAGUUUAGGAUUAGUACAUGAAGAUAAUUGCAUUAUCUGUAAACUACCCCCAUUGAAAAGUUUAACUUUGACGUGUCUGUCUAACAUCUAUGAACGUUCUGUAAUGAUGGAUGAGCUUAAAAGGUCAAGUUCUACUUCUUCUUCGGUAAGCAGUACUACGAUGGCCUACAGAAAUAUAUUAGAGGGUGCAGCUGCCAUUGAUUCUGCAUUAACUGGUGGUUCUCAUUAUUCCGUUUCUCCCUCAGAAUUUAGAAGGAAUAGUUUGGCAGGAUUUGAUGAUAAUACUGCAAGAAGACAAAGCAUUAUAACAUUCUCUCACCCCACUGGCUUGCAACCUAACAGAAGAAGAUCGUCGGCUACAAGCCCCACCUCUCCUACUAUAUCAGGGCAAUUUAAUAUUGAUGACACUAUAAUUGAUGAUGUGAUACUUUUUGAACUACCUAUUGACUCACCAUAUACUCUCACGUUAAAUUUAGCAUUGUUGGAGUCAUCGCUACUCAGUACCAAAAAUUUAGAAGAAAGAACAUUUCCAUGUUUAAGAAUAUUAUUAGAUAAUUCGGUUAUUGACAGUAAUUUUACAACCACGGAGUCUUUACUAAGACUUCUGGCCUUAGAAGUUAUUCGAACAAUUAGCUAUUCUUAUGACCUGAAGCUUCCAGGAAUCAAAAUUGACACUUUUCAAGUGAUUCUUGAUUUGUCUUCCUCUCAGGAUGUUGACAGCUUAUGUUUUGAUGAAUCUAAUUUUGCAAGUAACUUGAGUCAUUUUUUUAAGUCCUUCGGUCAUCUUCAGAAUUGGAAUACAGUUUUAGUGCAUGCUGACGGCGAAAUAGAUCAAGUCCGAACAAAUAAAACCAUAUUUUUAAAAUUUUGA